CUGCUCCCGGAAGCACGAGAGAGAACAGUCGUAAGGAUUACAUCCGCUGUUUCGCCAACACCUAAAGCUUGCGCUCGCGAAACCGGAAGUGGCUUUUCAUCUUGGCUCUUUAUCCGGCUGGCCUUCAGGCGUCCGCGUGAGAAUUGGAUGUGUCGUCGUUCUAGGCUUGGGAGGUGCUAGUUCGCCUCGCCUGAUUCGAGCGGGGUCGGUGCUGGGAACUAGGAUGUCGGACACGUGGAGCUCUAUCCAGGCCCAUAAGAAACAGCUGGAUUCGCUUCGUGAGCGGCUGCAGCGGAGGCGGAAGCAGGACUCUGGGCACUUGGAUUUAAGGAAUCCAGAAGCAGCACUGUCCCCAACCUUCCGUAGUGAUAGCCCAGUGCCAACUGCACCUCCCUCUAGUGGCCCUAAGCCCAGCACCACUUCUGUGGUUCCUGAGUUAGCUACAGACCCUGAGUUGGAGAAGAAGUUGCUCCACCACCUCUCAGAUCUGGCCUUAACCUUGCCCACUGAUGCUGUUUCCAUCCGUCUUGCCAUCUCUACGCCAGAUGCACCUGCCACUCAAGAUGGGGUCGAAAGCCUUCUACAGAAAUUUGCAGCUCAGGAGUUGAUUGAGGUAAAGCGAGGUCUCCUACAAGAUGAUGCACAUCCCACUCUUGUAACUUACGCUGACCACUCCAAGCUCUCUGCCAUGAUGGGUGCUGUGGCAGACAAGAAAGGCCUUGGAGAAGCAGCAGGGUCUAUCACAGGGCAGAAACGGCGUGCAGAACAGGACUCGACUACUGUGGCUGCCUUUGCCAGCUCUUUAGCAUCUGGUUUGACCUCUUCAGCAUCAGAACCAGCUAAGGAGCCGCCUAAGAAAUCAAGGAAACAUGCUGCCUCAGAUGUUGACCUGGAGAUAGAAAGUCUUUUGAACCAACAGUCUACUAAAGAACAACAGAGCAAGAAGGUCAGUCAGGAGAUCCUAGAGCUAUUAAAUACCACAACAGCCAAGGAACAAUCCAUUGUUGAAAAGUUCCGCUCUCGAGGUCGGGCCCAGGUGCAAGAAUUUUGUGACUAUGGGACCAAGGAAGAGUGCAUGAAAGCCAGUGAUGCUGACCGUCCUUGUCGCAAGCUGCACUUCAGACGAAUUAUCAAUAAGCACACUGAUGAGUCUUUAGGUGACUGCUCCUUCCUUAACACAUGUUUCCACAUGGAUACCUGCAAAUAUGUUCACUAUGAAAUUGAUGCUUGCAUGGAUUCGGAGGGUCCUAGCAGCAAGGAGCAUACGCCAAGCCAGGAGCUUGCUCUUACGCAGAGUGUUGGUGGCGACUCCAGUGCAGAUCGACUCUUUCCACCUCAGUGGAUCUGUUGUGAUAUCCGCUACCUGGACGUCAGUAUCUUGGGCAAAUUUGCAGUUGUGAUGGCUGACCCACCUUGGGAUAUUCACAUGGAGCUACCAUAUGGGACCUUAACAGAUGAUGAGAUGCGCAGGCUCAAUAUACCAGUACUGCAGGAUGAUGGCUUUCUUUUCCUCUGGGUCACAGGCAGGGCCAUGGAAUUGGGCAGAGAGUGUCUGAACCUCUGGGGCUAUGAACGGGUGGAUGAGAUCAUCUGGGUGAAGACUAAUCAACUGCAGCGCAUCAUCAGGACAGGCCGCACAGGCCACUGGCUGAACCACGGAAAGGAACACUGCUUGGUUGGUGUCAAAGGAAAUCCCCAAGGCUUCAACCAGGGUCUGGAUUGUGAUGUGAUUGUAGCUGAGGUUCGUUCCACCAGUCAUAAACCAGAUGAAAUAUAUGGCAUGAUUGAGAGAUUGUCCCCUGGGACCCGCAAGAUUGAGUUAUUUGGACGACCACACAAUGUGCAACCCAACUGGAUUACUCUCGGAAACCAACUGGAUGGGAUACACCUACUAGACCCAGAUGUGGUUGCCCGGUUUAAGCAAAGGUAUCCGGAUGGUAUCAUCUCUAAACCUAAGAAUUUAUAGAAGCACUUCCUUAUGAAGCUAACCAUGCAUAGCCAUGGCUCUAUUGACCACACCUUAAGAGUGUUUAUAUAGUAGUGCUCCCCACCCCGUAUUUAAAUAAAAGUUUGUAUUGUAGUUAGAAUUUCUGAAGUGAAAUUCUGACUUUGCCACUCAGCAUGUGUUCUUGUGCAACUCUUUUCUCAGUAUAAGUCAUGGAAUGUUAGCUACCUACUUCAUUAGCUGUAAAUGUUCAAAUUAAAUGGAUACAUGGAAUAGCA